CAUAACCUACGCUUAUUGAUUUGGUCCGCGUGAGCUGCCGUACUUCUGCCGUAUUACGUCGAUAUCUGUCGCAACCUUAAGCCCGGCAGCAGAGGUCACUGUCACAACAAAACACUCAGUAUGGGAGGUGACCACGGCCACAACAAGGUGCCAUUGCCAGACUGGCGUCAGUGGAAAGUGGAGGGAACACCGCUGGAAUUCACGAAGCAGAGACUUGCAAACAGGGGCCUCAAGGACCCGUGGUUACGUAAUGAGGCAUGGAGAUACUCGGGCGGGUUUGCUCGUGCUGUGACUCUGUCAGAUGUGCUGCUCAGAGGAUUCAAGUGGGGAUUUGCUGCCUUUGCUGUCGCUCUGGCUGUAGAAUACACUAUGUUCCCACCAAAGAAGGGUGGCCAUUAAUUCUUAAAGUUGUCCCACAAAGCCAGACCGUAAUGUAGUGUGAUAAUAUUAUGUAUAUUUCUUUAUUAAAUGUCUUUUUGGCCACUGAA